AACGACCGUUCAGGCCAAGCUCAGACGGAUCUUCGCGCCGCUGAAGCGAUGAAAGGAAUGCAGGGGUCCCUAAUUUUCCCCAGAACGACACAUCGGUGACAUCGCACUGCACAUCAUCAGAAACGGUUGUCUCUUACAGCUCAUUGCUGCCUUGCGGGAUAUUCAGGGUAUCCUUCAUACCACAACAGUGCGUUGAAACGGGCUUGACUCAUCGACCACCCGACUUUUCGUCACCCUUUCGGGACCACGUCCCUUGCGCUAGAGAACUCGGACAAUCAGGGUCUCUGGAGUCUACGGCGGGGACAGAGCGAGUGAAGGCAGACGACGUGAAGCGGAUACUUGGAUACGCACGCCGGUCACCGCAGUACGUGAGGUGCACUCGUCACCCGGCCUUCACACCACAACGUACGACACAACACCAACACCGCCGACCAUGGACGACGUCCUCGAGCUCCACGUCUGGGGCGCUGCAUUUGGCCUGCCCUCCAUCGACGCCGAGUGUCUGGCCGCCAUCGCCUACCUGCACACCGCCCUCCCAAGCUCACAAUGGCGUCUGGUCCCGAGCAAUGACCCUGCCGUCCACUCAUCGAACCGCCUACCGGCCCUUAAGGCCAACGGCGUCUGGGUAACGGGCUACGCCUCCAUCGCGGCCCACCUCGCCUCCCUCGCGCCGCACUCCCCCUCCUGGGACCUCGACCUCGACUCGCGCCUCACCCCGUCCCAGCGCGCAGACGCCCUCGCCUACGCCGCCUACGUCGAGUCCGCCCUUGCGCCCUUGCUAGACGCCGCCCUCUACGGCACCCACGAGAACUGGGUCGCCGUCACCCGCCCCGCCCUGAGCCACCUCCUCGGAUUCCCCCUGAGCUGGACCGUCCCCGUCAUGAUCCGGAACCAGGCCACGGCCCGGUGCGCCCACCUCGGCCUCGACUCCCUCGGCGCCGAGGACGACGACGAGGAGAACGGAGACGACGCCGCCGUGCCCAGGAACCGCGCCUUGGACCGCGCCAUGAAGCACCUCCCCGUCUCCAAUAAGAAGACGGUGCUCGAGGAGAUGAAGGCCGGCACGGCGCGCGGCAUCAGGCUCCACGCCAUCACCGUCGACGCCCUCUCCCCCCUCGAAGCCCUCCGCGCGCGGGGCGAGGACUCACCAGGCGAGAAGAAGCGCUUCUUCGGCGGCGAGGUCCCCACGUCCCUCGACUGCCUCCUGGUAGGCUACCUCGCCCUCAUCCAGCAGGUCGACCUCCCGCAGUCCUGGCUCCCGACCAUCCUCGCUACGAAAUUCCCUCACCUCGCCGCCAUGGCCGCGGACCUCCGCGACGAGUGCCUCACGAACCCGGGCAACGCCCUCCCCUGGACGGCGGCACCUUCGUCAUCGCUCCGUACCGCGGCGCGCUUCCUCGACAACGUAGUGCAGGCGACGCCGAACCUCGGCGAGGCGUACCUCCACGAGUGGCGGCGGCGGGCCGAGAUGAAGGCCAAGGGAGCCUCGGCGGACCGGAGGACGCUUGCGCUCGCGGGCGGGGUGUUGGUCGCUGGCUCGGCGAUCGCGUACGGCGUGUGGACGUAUAAGAGUCUGCCGCCGUGGGGCCUGCGGACGCAGACGUGGGUGGCGGAGAAGAAGGGGUUGGGUAGGUUUGGCGAUUUGGGUGAGAUGCUCAACUUUUCGCUGGGACUUGCGGAUCCGGUGCCGCAGGCGAGUCCGGCUGCUGGAUGGGGUUCGGAGCAUAGAUAUGUUGAGUCUGAACUGGCUGUUGAUUGAGGUUGGAGAUACACUUUGAGUGUAGGAUAAUGCGGUGAGUAUUAAGAUAGGUUUGGUAACAGGAGGUAUAGCUGGCUGCAACAUGGCUUAUCAGUCACGAAACGAAAAGAUGGGCAUAUAGAUCACUCGCAACUCUGGAGUCAGGGGUAGCAUGUACGAAAAGGUCACAUGGUCUGCGGC